AUGAUCAAGAGGCUCGAGAAAAGAGACUUGCUCAAGAAACUAUAUUCGAUCGGAGUUGACCAAAAUGGACUAAAAGGUUUCGACAAGAAGAAGCUUGCGAAGCGCCUGAAAGGCCAUUACAAGAAAAUAUUCUGCGGCGAGUCCAAAGUCAAAGAAGUCCAUGUUGAAUGCAAAUACUUUGUCUGCAUCGACUUCGAAGCCACUUGUGAGAGGAUAAACUUCGUCAACCACCCUCACGAGAUCAUUGAAUUUCCAGCGAUCUUGGUCGACAUUGAAAAAGAAGAGAUUAUAAGCGAAUUUCACUCAUACGUACGUCCUUUUCUCAACGAAGAACUCUCCGACUUUUGCAUUGAAUUGACUGGCAUCAAACAAAACCAAGUAAAUGCAGCUCCUUACUUCCCUAUUGUUUUCAAAUCCUUCAUCGGAUGGCUGAAAAGCCAUGGACUUCUGAAAACAGCCCCAGAUGGACGAGUAAAGAUCACGAAGGACACACCUUCUUGGACUUUUUUAACAGAUUCUCCAGCUGAUAUAUGCAAGUUUCUGUCCAAGCAAUGUCAAAUGGACGACAUCCCGUUUCCUUACACAUGGGCGAGUCGCUACUGCAACAUAAAACGAAUCUUCAUGAACGUGUACAAAUCCAAAUACGGACCCUUCACCCCGAAAAUUGAGGACAUGCUUGAAGUACUGGGAAUGGAAGUAAAAGGAAAUCUCCAUAGUGGAAGAGAUGACGCGCGAAAUAUCAGCCGCAUCGCGCUGAAAAUGAUCCAGGAUGGUGCUCAAAUAUGGCAGAACGAAAUGUAUAAGCCUAAUAAAUACAAUAGCAACGCCCCGUAUUAUCUCCCGAAGCCUGACUGUAUCAUUCCCAGAAUUCUUUAUUCGGACGAACCAUGGACAAUUGACAGACAAAGCGAGGAGGAGAAAAUUGCAGAAAAGAUGUCAAAGAUGAAAAUUAAAGAAGAAUUAGUGAGCUCUGCCUCGUCGGAGGAAGAAGAGAUCCCAGAAUUGCCCAAGAAGAAAAAGCCUCGCAAGGGACGACAUUACAUUCCAAAUCGACCUCCAGACCGAUUACCUCGACCCGCACGCGAAGGACUCACUCCCGAGGAGCAACGUUAUGCGGACGCCUUCAUUGAACAGACAGAACGCAUGCAAAGAGAAAAAGAGGCGAUCAACUCAAGUGAACAGGUCUUUGUGAACUCGCCAGUGCCUCUGCAUUAUCCAGAGGUCCCAAUCUUCUGCGCACCGAUGCCGCCAAUGCCCCUCUGUGGUGAAACGUCCUCGCCAAUUUUCGUUCCCCAGCCUUCCCCUUUCUUCAACGCAGUGGGUCCAUUCUUUCCCGAGCAGUACGAACUCUUCACUCCUGAAACAGCGGCCUCUGCUUACCUACCCCCGCCUAGCCCUCAAAUGUACUCAGCUUCUUACUUCGAACGAAAUUACGCAGACAGACCACAUCGAAAGUUUCCCUAG